AUGAUGGAUUCAGGAAAACGUGACGCUGUUUUCCCAGUCAUUGUAUCAGAGGAUGAAAUGAGGGACGCAGACCAGGAUUCUGGCCAUAAGGGCAACCUAAAGAGCGGCGACAUGGACGCGACUAUGGGCAACGGUGAUGAUGACGACGACGGUUUGGCCCAGGAUUACAGCAAAUUUGCGGCUCUUGUGGGUUCUGAUGGCGGUACCACAAGCAGUCAGCAUGACCGGUCUCCCAAGCCGGCAACGCAAACCAAGCAAAUAUCGGCCCAAACCAUCCGCCGUGGAGAGAAGGACUUUGAGGCUUACGGCACACAUGCCCAGAGCGCGGCUCUAGAGAGCAGCCGCAACGCCCUAGAGGCCGUUCUUUCUUACACCAGGGUGCAUGGCGUUGGCGGUAGCGAUAUUCUGCGUGGAUGGUAUUUCCCGGAUGCAUGGAUGGAUGAGGAAGAGGAAGAGGGUGAGGGGAGCGAAGGAAAGGCGGAAGGGCCUUCCAGAAACCCACAGCCCCGGCGGCGCUUUGCACAUACUCGCCACCGGGUCGUCAUGGUCGAGGCCGAACGCGGGCCCAUGUUCGCGUCAGUUGGCGCUGUUCCGGGGAGGAAACGAGCAAGUUGGGUACCAGGGCUGCCAAAGGAGGAACAGCCUCCACCCGCUCCGGGCUGCGACCGCGUUUGGCUUCUUCCCGAGGAGGCCCUUUUUCUUGUGGAGCGCGGGUCGAUGGACCUACGAUGGCCGCUACGGUCGCUGGAGGAGAUUGCUGGCCGCGCCGAUUCUCAGGCAAAACAGCAGGCAGAAGAAGACGGCAUACCGCUGAGCCUGCAAGCGGCGUAUGCGCUGCUUAUUGAUUCGAAAAGCAGCGACGCCAAUGGCCCACAGCAGCGAGGCCGCGUUUCCCUGCCCUUCUUCCAGGUGUACUCCCACUUGCGCCGAUCUGGAUAUCAGGUACUGCGCGCAGCCGGCUUGAAUGCUGGCAGCACCAAACACUCGGCAGCUAUAAUCCCAGCUCGUCCUACAAGCCUGUGGCAGUGGCUUAUCUCUCUGCUCGCACCGGCGGCACUGGUCAGUGUACCUUUAAAAUUGCCGUUGCCAUAUGGACCGCUUGUCCGACCCGGGCUCUACCACAGUUACGGUGACAUCUACGGACAGAUGCAACUCUUCCCAGCGUCUCUGAUGACGGGUGCUCCUGCACCGCCGCCUGUACCUUCUGCAAUUCAAUCUCCCUUUCACAUCGAUUUUCAUGUCUGGAAAUCUAGCACGACGUCGGCCUUUUCCAAAGCCAGGCCGCCGCCGCCAGAUUUUUUCCUUGCCGUUGCUGACGCACACGCUUCUGUCGUCCCUACCCUUGAAGAAAUAGACGGCCUGUUAGCGUCCGUCCAAGUGGCCGAGAAGGAAAGCCAGCAGGCCACUGGACUUGCCACAAAUGCAGUUGGCGCAUCGGCAGGUGGACUUGGCCAAGUUUACCGACGCCUCAAACAAGGCCACGGCGGUGUGAUAAUCGCCAUUGUGGACCAUGGACUAGUCAACUACAUGCGCUUUGGCAACGGGCCGUUCGGGGCAGAGCCACUGUGGACGAGGUUUGACGGGCUGAUAGCCUGCCGCGGAACAGCCAGAGAAAGAAGAGGAGGGAAGGGAGGGGGAGGGCAGAAGGGGAAGGGGAAGGGGAAGGGGAACACGAAGGGCAGGGCCAACAAUAAGAAGCCGCAAGGUAAGGGCAAACUCACCUAG